GAACAAGUGCCGCAGCAGCAGCAGUAAAAACAUUAGGAUGCUUCAGGUGUUUGUCGCUGAAAACGGAGAAAAACACGUGAGUCUGUGUCUGAGCAGCCAUGGAGCGCGGUCGCUCCUGCCCCACGCUGUGCUCGCGGUCGUCGGCCUACACCCUCGCCCUGGGCCUGGGCUGCGUCACCAUGGGAACCAGUCGCAUCCUGCUGCUCAGGUUCUCUGCGAAUGCAGAGAACAAGUACGACUUCCUGCCUGCGUCUGUCAAUCUCUUCGCUGAGGCCAUCAAACUCCUCUUCUGCCUGGUGAUGUCUCUCAGGGUCAUAGUGCGAGAGGGACGAUCCUGCAGAGAACUGGGCUAUUCCUCGCUCUCGUCCUUCCUCAGCUCCCUGAAGUGGGCGGUCCCGGCUUUCCUUUACUUUCUAGACAACCUCAUCAUCUUCUUCGUGCUCACCUACAUUCAGCCUGCCAUGGCAGUGUUGUUCUCUAACUUUGUCAUCCUCACCACGGCUGUGCUCUUCAGAGUUGUGUUGAAGCGGCGUCUGUCCUGGGUCCAGUGGGCAGCGUUACUGGUCCUCUUCCUGUCCAUCGCGUCCCUGACGACGGGAUCGGGAAGCAGCCAGAGCGCCGGCGCUGUCCACCGCGUCCACCUGAACGCCCUGUCCACCCCGUCCAACUCCUGUGUGCUCUACACGCAGCUGCUGGAGCAGAUGAGGAACAGCAGCAGUGAGUCGUGGUCGUCGUCUGCGUCCGUCCAGGCGUGGAGCGACAGUGUCGCGGGGAGACUGCGGUCUUUCGGAGUCGGUCACGUUCUGCUGCUGCUGCAGUGCGUCGUCGCGUCCAUGGCCAACAUCUACAACGAGAAGAUCCUCAAAGAGGGAGAGCAGCUGACGGAGAGCAUCUUCAUCCAGAACAGCAAACUAUACGGCUUCGGCGUGGUGUUUAACGCUCUCACCCUGGGGCUCGGCAGCGAGGCGCGAGGUCUCACGGCUCACUGCGGCCUCCUGCACGGACACAACGUCUUCUCUCUGGCUCUGGUUCUGGUCACUGCCGCUCUGGGUCUGUCUGUGGCGUUUAUCCUGAAGUUCAGAGACAACAUGUUCCACGUGCUGACGGGACAGGUCACCACCGUCCUCGUCGCCGCGCUCUCCUACUUCCUGUUUGAGUUCCGCCCCUCGCUGGACUUUUUCCUGCAGGCGCCCGUGGUCCUGUUGUCCAUCUUCAUCUACAACGCCAGCCGACCCAAAGACCCCGAGUACAGUCUGCAGCAGGAGAAGCUGAGGGUCAUCAACGGGGAGGUGUUUGAGAGGUCCAGAGGGGACGGCGAGGAGCUGGAGCUUCUGUCGAAGCCAAACUCUGACAGUGAGUCUGAGGAGGAGUCUCUGUAGGACAGGACGGAGGACGAGCGUCUUCUCUGCUGAAUGUCCUCCUGUCCGCCACACUGUUACAUGUCCACUCUGUCUGUGCGACUGGACGUUCAGUGGACAAACACAGUCUGACUCCUGUCAGGCGCUGAAGGCUGCUGUGUGUGUGUGUGUGUGGGUGUGUGUGCGUGCGUGCGCUGCUGACGACACGGUCCAGUGGGAGGAGCCUCAGUGUCACAUCCUCGUGUCAUUCCUGCUGAAGGUGCAGCUCUUUGAACGCAGGUGACUUUCAGACUUAUAUUCUUGUGAAUGUUGGUGUUUACUCGACCGUGCGCUGUCUCAGGCUGGUUUCACAUGUGUCCCUUUAUUUUCAUUCAUUCACAUCAUCAUGUCGUCAUAGUUCAGAGAAUAGGAAAGGUCAACAAAAACAGAAAAAAAAGGGUUUUCCCCAAAUAACAAAA